GUCGUUAGCCUCCCACUGACAUGCAUCACGCUUUUCUAGAAAGGUAGGUGACUCUAUAUAAAGAGGCCCUCCCCCAACCAAUCGCGCAAGUCGAUCAUACUAACACCUUACGCUACGCUAUUUCAAUAUGAGAACUGUGGGCAACCCAACCGCGCUUGUCUUGAACAUCGUGUCCUUCCUUAUCGGGGCCUACGGCUUCUAUCUUCUCUCGUUUGUGGAGCUCCCACCAGCCUUGAAGAGCGGUGGCCAGUUCCAGUUUCUCACCAACCUCUCGUUGGUUGUGUCCAUGGUAUAUUUCUUCCUCGGUGCAGUGGCCCAUAUCACCAAGCAACAAGGCUUGUUUUAUGCGAAAAACCAGGUUCAUGUCGUUGCCUUGACCCUUGAAAGUAUAGUUGCCGGAGUGUACUGGCCAUUGCGGUUCUUUGCUGUCGAUAUGAUUGCCGUAGAGGGUAUGAUACCACCAGUGCCCCUUGAUCUUGCGAUCCACUUAAUGCCUAUUACCAGUUUGGUGUUGGAUUGCUGGUUGUUCAUGCCAUCCUGGACGGUUUCGGACAGGGUGGUUCUCCGGGAAUGUGCUGUCAUUUCUGUCGGGUACUGGUACUGGCUCGAACACUCAUUGAAAUUGGCAACCUUUCCUUACCCCUUUUUGAACGUCCCAGCGCUUCCUAGAUUCGCCAUCUACGUGGUUAUCACAUUAUUUGCGUAUGCUAACUACUUGUUGCAGAAGCAGUUGUGCAACAGGUUUAUUGGUGCGCAACUGGAACGUACCAAAAAGGCAGUGUAACCGAAUAUGAUACAAAAGGUAAAGAUCGUCGUGGGUAUACACCGCUAUUCGCUUUUGCCUGUAGGAUUCGUAAUUUACCUCAACGUUACACGUAUUCAAUAUUACUAUCGA